UUGACUUUUACCUGUGAGGUAGACUAGUUUCGAUUCGCCGGUGGAACAGCGAACAACAACCACCGGGGUCCGGUUCAGAGGUCACUCGACUCCCCGUCGCUCUCCCGGCCCCGCGCGGCUCCCACUGCGGGGCGUCGGACGGGUUUUCGCCGGUAUUUUAGAGCCGGUGCGCAACAUCGAGCAAAGCAAGAGGCAGGUGCACGGGAGAGGACAGGGCGGCGGGAGGAGGAGGAGGAGGCGGCAGCUGGUAUUUCCGUGAGAGUCCCGCACCGGGCGGAAUGGUUGAAUUCAACUGGUUGGUCUGUGUUAGUUUCAUUAGUAUGCGGCUGGAGUCCUCCUGCCGCCGGAGCACCGAUCGGCAGCCCUGAAGUCACCUCCGUGCCUGCUAAGUGACUCCUCGCCCCGUGGAGGAGGAGGAGGAGAAGGAGGAGGAGGAGGCGGCGGCGGCGGCAGCAGCAGCAGGAGGACCACGGCUCCGCCGACUGUUGCGUGGAGCAGCUUUCACGGACAGCACGCGGACCUCCUCGCCGUGUGGCUCAGGAAGAUGAUGGGCUUUCUGCGCCGGACGUUCAGCCGCCGCUUCCAGACGAGAGAGAGGGACGAGCGGGACGGUAAAGGGGGAGGAGGAGGAGGCGGAGGGGGGGCCGGAGGGGGGGCCGGAGGGGUGACCGGGAACCCCCUGCUCCUGGCCCAUCAGCAGCAGGUCGUGCAUGUGCCCGCCGUGGUCAGCGGGGGAGCGUCGGUCCACAUCCCGGCGGCCGGGACCUCGAGGACCACCAUCACCUGCCGCGUGCUGCUGCUGGACGGCUCCGACGUCAACGUGGACUUGCCUUGCAAGUCUAAAGGGCAGGACCUUUUUGACCAGAUCAUGUAUCAUAUAGAUCUGGUGGAGACCGAAUACUUUGGACUGCAGUACAUGGACACAGAGCAAGUCUCACAUUGGCUCGAUAUGUCCAAGCUUAUAAAGAAAGAGAUCCGAGAAGGGCCUCCAUACAGGCUGUUUUUCCGAGUGAAAUUUUACUCUUCGGAGCCAAAUAACCUGCGUGAGGAAUUUACAAGGUAUCUGUUCGUGUUGCAGCUUCGACAAGAUAUUCUGUCUGGCAAAUUGAAAUGUCCGUACGAUGUCUCAGUGGAGCUGGCGGCAUUUUGUUUACAAAGUGAGAUGGGAGACUGUGACCCCUUGGAGCACUCUCCUGAGCUGGUGUCCGAGUUUCGUUUCAAUCCCAAACAGAGCGAGCCCAUGGAGGCGGACAUCUUUGGCAUGUGGUUGGACCUCCGGGGGAAGAGUCCGUCAGAAGCAGAGAUUUCUUUUCUCAACAAAUGCAAGUGGCUGGAACUUUACGGAGUAGAUAUGCACUUUGUCAAGGGCAGAGAUGGAGGGGAGUAUGCUCUUGGUCUCACUCCGACUGGCAUCUUAGUAUUUGAAGGCCCAAACAAAAUUGGCCUCUUCUUUUGGCCCAAAAUCACUCGGCUGGAUUUCAAAAGGAGUCGACUCACGUUGGUUGUGGUGGAGGACGACGAUCAGUGUCGAGAGCAGGAGCACACGUUUGUGUUCCAGCUGGACAACUCCAAGAACUGUAAACACCUGUGGAAGAGUGCCGUGGAGAGCCACGCCUUCUUCCGGCUACGCCAACCGACCGCGGGCAAGGCCAGCAACAGCGACUUCUCACGACUCGGCUCUCGCUUCAGAUUCAGCGGUAAGACGGAGUAUCAGGCCACUCAUGGAGGCAGAAUGAGGAGAGCCAGCACUUUCGAGAGAAGGCCCAGCAAGAGAUACCCCUCCCGCGCACAUUCACUGGGCAAAGCUUCCGUUUCCCCAGCUAAGCCGUCACACAUCAGCUCUCACGCCAGCCCUGAUCCCAGCCUACAUCCAUACCAACACAACAUUCCUAUUGGCCACGAGCCGUGGCACCCGUCCCACCCGGCUCUCACACCUCCAGUUUACCUGCACCCUUCCGGACACACACCACCACACAGUUUCCCUCUGAGUGGUCCUGCCUCAGACCAUCAGUUCAGCAUUGAAGAGAAUGAGACUUCGUAUUCUGGCAAAAUCCACCACCAUCACCGCCACACACACAGCCAGGAGACGCUCUGUCACACACACUCCAAGAACAAACGUCGAGCUCCUCACUGCCCUGCAGAGGAGUUGGAUACCUCUUCGUCUCUGCUCAAUGCUCUCGAGUCAGACAGUGAAUCUCUCCCGUGGCCUUCGCUGCACGUCAACAUGGACAACAAGGGAGAGGAGAAGCAGCUGUCUGAAAAGUCUCUACAUCCUCCUCACUCCCCAGCGAUGCUCCCUGAUCAUCUGAAGUGUAACAUCCUCAAAGCCCAGAUGGAGGCGGCCUUCAGGAAGGACGCUCCAACAACGCCGAGAGGGAAGAACUCAAAUGAGACCUUUAAUGACAGGUAUCAGAGCUCAUCCCAAGACUCUGCUGCAUCCAGUCUGACGGCAGAGAAGACGCCAUAUUGGCAAGACCGCAACCCAACGCCGGAGAGGCUGCAGCCUGCAGCCAACACAUGCACCAACCGCAGAAAGCGACUGGUCAGGCAGUUCAGCUUUAACCACGAAGAUGAAGAUAAUCUCCCAGAAGCACUUGCAGCAAUCUCCUCCCAGAGUGCAGGAAGGUCAGGGUCGACCAGCUCAUUGGACCAACAGAUACAGCCGUCCAUUUACCCACAGGUGGAUAGUAUGCCAGCACUGGAGCUGGGUAGUCCAUGCUGUCCCUCUCCUUCGCCUUCUCCCCAUCUCUCCCCUUCUUAUUACCAUAGCUCUAUUCCUCGCCUCUCCCCUUACCUUUCUGCCCAUAACGUCAGUGGAGAGGGAAUGCGGUUGGACAGAGAGAAACUACUCAGAGCCCUCCUGAUGACGGAGCUCUGAGACCUUGACCCUUGACCCCUGUGACAUCAUCACCAUGCGCAGCAGACCUGGCAUCUAGUGAGGAAAGUGGGAAUAGAGGACCCAAAGUCGCUGGCUACAAUCAACAUUUGUAUAUUUGCAUAAUACAUUCAGCAGUUAAAAAUAUAUAUUUCCAUAAAAGGCAAUUGUAAUAUACAGUGUUAGCUUAAUUGUUUAUUUUAGAAGGAUUGUUCUUUUUAUCCAUCAAAAUGAAACUGUUAAAUCUAUAAGUGAGAUAAAACUAAAUUCUCGCUCUCUCUCUCUCUCUUUCUCUCUCUCUCUCUCUCUCUCACACAUCACAGAGAAGCUACUGAUGUGACUGGUGCUGCCUGCAUGAUAAAUACGUUACAUGAUGAAAUAUUUACGUGACUUACUUUGGGGUUAUGUUUAACUUGUAUGUCAUCCUCAUGUCAACACUGUGUCCAUGUUCAGGCCUAAACUGUGUUUCAGACAGCGACUGUUGAAGCAUUGAUCUCUGCACUUUAAAUUACAGAGGCUGAAGUGAAAGUCAAUUUCAAAUCAAUUUUUUCAAAAUGUAAAGAGACGUACUUAAUAUGCUGAGAACUGAGCAGGCUAGAGUUGUUGUUGUUGUGUAUUUUUAUUCAGUCAAUCAUUGAAAUACAAUAUAAUAUUAUUCUAUAUAAUAUAAAAAGAUGAGAUGAGAGUGAAUUAAACAUGAACGGCAUCGAGACUCAGGAAAGUGGAUGGUGAGACCGGAUUGUCCUGCAGCUGCAGUCUCAGUUCCCCCUCUAGAAGGAGACAUAUCAACAGUCAUACCUGAGGACAUGGAUCCUGCACUACAGGUUGUCACCAGGAACAGAUUGUGGAGCACAACUCUAGUUUUCAUCACAGGUCCAAAUACCAAAAGAAGUCAUGUGUGAUCUUUUGUUUAAGCAUAACCCUGCUGCUUCCCCACCUUAUUCAUGCUCUGGUUUUGUCUCAACCGCCCGUGAGGUGACUGAGGAUCUGCUGCUGUACUGUAUGUGCUGAUCGUGUUAUUCCUGCCCACGGUUGGAUUUUAAUAAAGGUCACAUAUUCUGCUUGA